CGACGGUAAUAAGAUUUACAAUAAUCGAGAUUUGUUCUUCAUCACUUUGUUACGUUGUACUGUAUUGUCGAUGUCAUUUCGAUUGCUAUUGUUGAGACACAGCGUCAUUCAACGUGAUUUCCGUACAUACUUUAAUUUUUGUGAGCUAUUUCGAAGAUAAUACGUAUUCCCUAAAAUGUAUUCCUUAAUUAAUAAAACAGAAAAUGCUCACGAAGACAGUAUCUGGACCUGUGCUUGGGGUUGUCCUAAGAAGAAAAAAGAAUCACAACCGGAAAAUGACGAUUCACGCGAUUCUAUGCGAUCUAAUGACGAGGAAACAGUAGAAUACAUAGUAACUGGUUCGGUAGAUGAUACAGUUAAGGUCUGGGAACAAAAAGAUAAAAGUUUACAGUUGAAACAUAAGUUAACUGGCCAUUCUUUAGGAGUGGUGUCUGUUGCAGUAAGUUCGGACGGUUCGAAGUGUGCAUCAAGUUCAUUAGACUCUAGUUUGAAGCUAUGGGAUUUGGAAACAGGAGAGAAAAUAUCAAGUAUAGAAGUUGGUCCUGUGGAUAUUUGGACAGUAGUAUUUUCUCCUGAUGAUAAAUUCAUUGUGUCUGGCAGUCAUUCUGGAAAAAUACAUUUAUAUGGAACUGAGAGUGGAAAACAAGAACAAACUUUAGAUACCAGAGGUGGAAAAUUUACAUUGAGUGUUACCUAUAGCCCUGAUGGCAAAUAUAUCGCAAGCGGCGCAAUAGAUGGAAUUAUCAAUAUUUUCGAUGUUACUUAUGGGAAAGUGUUACGCACGCUGGAAGGUCAUGCAAUGCCUAUCAGAUCUCUAUGCUUCUCGCCCGAUUCUCAGCUGCUUCUUACUGCAUCAGAUGAUGGACAUAUGAAAAUAUACGAUGUGAAAGACGCUAAUUUAGCAGGAACUAUGUCAGGUCAUGCUUCGUGGGUACUCGGCGUUGCUUUUGCUCCAGACGGACAACAAUUUGCAUCUAGUAGUUCAGAUCAAACAGUCAAAGUUUGGGAAUUAGCACAACGACAGUGUUUAUAUACAUUUAAUGAACAUAACGAUCAGGUAUGGUCUGUGAAAUAUAGUCCACAGAGGAACAACAUAAUUGCAUCAGUGUCUGAAGACAAGUCCAUUAAUCUGUACGAAUGUCCAAUGUAUAAUAAAUAAAUUUUCUUAUAAAGAUGGAUGAA